ACUUGCAUGUUUUUAUAGGAAGAGCUCGACCUUCCUCACGCUGAUCUCCGAGCUUCCCCCCCGUUAACGAAGAGACCCUCCAAUCAGCCGGAGUCCCACUGGGGAACAUGGGGUUCCUCCCGGAGCUCUCCGUCGAGACCUGGACGCUAAUCGUGUUCUUCGUCACUCUCGUCACAGUGUAUGGAUAUGCACCGUAUGGAUUCUUCAAGAAACUGGGCAUCCCUGGACCCAAACCCUUGCCCUUUAUCGGGACAUUUCUGGAGUACAGAAAGGGCAUCCACAAUUUUGACACCGAGUGCUAUGAGAAAUAUGGAAAGGUGUGGGGGAUCUACGAUGGCAGGAUACCUGUACUGGCGACCAUGGACACGGCUAUGAUCAAAUCAAUCCUGGUGAAGGAGUGUUAUUCGAACUUCACUAACAGACGGCAUUUUGGUCUGAAUGGAGCCUUAAGAGAUGCCAUAACUGUAGUGGAAGAUGAGGAAUGGAAGAGGAUUCGAAGCAUACUCUCACCGUCAUUCACCAGUGGGCGCCUGAAAGAGAUGUACUCCAUAAUGUUGCAGCACUCGAGUAAUCUGAUAAAGAGCCUUCACAAGAAAGCAGAGGCGGAUGAAGUCGUAGACGUUAAAGACAUAUUUGGACCCUACAGUAUGGAUGUUGUGACCAGCACUGCCUUCAGUGUGGACAUCGAUUCUAUCAACAAUCCAUCUGAUCCUUUUGUAGCAAACAUUAAGAAACUGGUCAAGUUCACCUUCCUGACUCCCCUGUUUGUGCUUUUGGUUCUGUUUCCAUUCUUGGAGCCGGUGCUCGAUAAGAUGGAUGUGACAUUGUUCUCCGCCGAAUUAUUAGACUUCUUCUACAACUUUCUAAAGAGGAUCAAAUCAGACCGGAAUAAGAAUGAACACAAGAAUCGAGUGGACAUCAUGCAGUUGAUGGUGGACUCUCAGAGCCCAGAGACCAGCAAAGACAAUCCAAGCUCCCACAAAGGACUGACUGACAGUGAGAUCUUGUCUCAGGCUAUGAUAUUCAUCUUCGCUGGCUAUGAGACAAGUAGCGGCACAUUGGGAUUUCUAGCCUACAACCUGGCGACUCACCCCGACAUCCAAAAGACCCUGCAGGAGGAGAUAGAUGAAACAUUCCCAAAUAAGGCUCGGCCCACCUAUGACGCCUUGAUGCAAAUGGAGUACCUGGACAUGGUGUUGAAUGAGUCGAUGAGGCUGUACCCGAGUGGUAAUCGAUUAGAUAGAGUGUCAAAGUCUUCUGUGGAAAUUGAGGGCGUGACCAUCCCUAAAGGAACCGUUGUCAUGAUCCCAGUUUACACACUCCACCGUGAGCCUACUUUGUGGCCUGAGCCCGAUGCCUUCAAACCGGAAAGGUUCGGCAAAGAGAACAAAGACAGCAUUGAUCCUUAUUCAUACCUACCAUUCGGAGCAGGUCCAAGGAACUGCAUUGGAAUGCGCUUUGCUCUCUUAAUGAUGAAGCUGAGCGUGGUGGAGAUCCUCCAGAGCUUCAGCUUCGUCACAUGCAAGGAGACCCAGAUUCCAUUGGAGCUGUCAACGGAUGGAUUUACCUCCCCAAAGGGUCCCAUCAAUCUGAAGCUGGAGCCCAGAGGAGCCGUAGCUGAUCCUCCCCCAGGCUAACUCUGCUCAGUGCUCAGGUCACAACGCAAAAAUGGCCAACUUGUGACACUUUAGAUAAGGCAAUAUUUACAUAAUUGUAAUAAGGAAACUGGUCCAGCCAAAAACUUGGCUACGAAAUUGCCGGUAGGUAGUCAUGUAUUUUAACUGACUACCUGCCUUUGUGUAUUCUUGUAUGUCUUUGAUUUAAAAGAGUUUGCUUUGUGAUAAAUCUCCACUCCUGAUCUCGCUUUUACUAUUCUUGUAAAUUACCUUUUACCAGGAGGAAGUUCUAAACAUUUUAAAUAUCUGUUUAAUAACGAAUGUAUAAACACAUAUUCUAGACUGUAGAGAAUGUAGUAUGCUCAGUUAUCGUUAUCCAGCGUUACUUGUUUCCAUGGUUAGUGAUUUUGUUUUUUAAUUUACCCAAUAAAAUGAGGUCAACGUGAGGUCUCGCUGCUUUCUCACAUUUUUAAAACAUGUAAUUUUUUGCAAAGAAGUUGUCCUUACUUUGGAAAUAUAAUUCAAGCAGUU